GUCAGGGUUGGGCAGGGCCAGGGCGUGCAUGGGCUGGGCGAAGGCUGGGCCGCCAUGGACAGCAUCGCCAACACCACCGAGUCCGGACUCAACGUCACCGACUUCAACCGCUCUUCCAGCAUCUUCUCCAUUGGUCCGGGCUUCCUCAGCCAAUGGAACACGACCUACGCCAACGCCUCGGACACCAUCACGCCGGUGCUGCCGCCCUUCCCGCCCUGGAUGACGGUGCUGAUCGCGAUAUGCCUGGGCGUGUGCAUCCUGCUGACGGUGCUCGGCAACAUACUGGUGCUCAUGGCCUUCAUCGUGGACCGCGCCAUCCGCCAGCCCAGCAACUACUUCAUCGCGUCGCUGGCCGCCACGGACAUGCUCAUCGGCACGGUGUCGAUGCCGUUCUACACGGUGUACGUGCUGAUGGGCUACUGGGACCUGGGCCCCAUCCUGUGUGACCUGUGGCUGUCCGUGGACUACACCGUGUGCCUCGUGUCGCAGUACACCGUGCUGCUCAUCACCAUCGACCGCUUCUGCUCGGUCAAGAUCGCGGCGCGCUACCGAUCCUGGCGCACCAAGAACCGCGUCAUCUGGAUGGUGACGGUCACGUGGAUCAUCCCGGCGCUGCUGUUCUUCAUCUCCAUCUUCGGCUGGGAGCACUUCGUGGGCUACCGCGACCUGCUGCCCGGCCAGUGCGCGGUGCAGUUCCUCAAGGACCCUGUUUUCAACACGGCGCUCAUCAUCGCCUACUACUGGACCACGCUCAUCGUGCUGUUCAUCCUGUACGGCGGCAUCUACAAGACGGCCUACGACAUGCAGAAGAAGUCGGAGGCCAAGCAGCGCAAGAUGCAGUCCAUGGUGGCGCUGUCGGCGGGCGCCAUGUCCGGGAUGGCUGGCCGCGCGGCGGGCAUCGGCGUGGGCAAGGGCCAGGGCGUGGCCGUGCUGGAGAACGCCAAGGGCGCCAAGGGCAUGCUGGCGGUGCAGGCGCCGGCGCAGCCCGACGCGGCGGCCGCGCAGACCGCCAAGAUGACCAAGCUGGCCGCCGUCAAGGCGGACGGCGCGCAGGACGGGCGCCGCGAGCUGAGCAGCAACACGGCGGGCGGCAGCGGCGAGAACGAGAAGAGUGAGCGCUCCUCCAGCCCGGCCUUCGAGAGCGACGAGGACAGCACCACUGUGGCGCAGCAGCCACCGCCCAAGAAGCAGCAGCAAAAGCCGGCACCGCAACAGCAGCCGCCGCAGCCACCGCAACAACCGCAGCAGCCCUCACAGCGGGAGCUGGCCAAGAAGAGGGCCUCCACGGCCGGCAUGGUGGUGCACCCCAACACGCUGCAGGUGCUCGGGUACGGGCUGGCGCGCGUCAACGGCACGGUGCCGCUGCGGUCCCCGGAACCCCCGGACCCGUCGCCCACGCCGCAGCGUCUGACCGUCCCCGAGCCCACGGCCGAUGCGGCGCCGCCCAGUCACCGGGGCUCGCUGCUGGACACGGACAACCCGUGCCUCUCGGCGAUGAACGAGUCCACGGAGACGCUGACGCCGAACCCGUACACGCAGGGCACGCAGGGCACGCAGGCCGUGCAGGCCGCGGCCACGCUGGGAGCCUCGCCGGCGCCGCUGCGAUCGCAGCGCGAGUCGUGGGACGCGGGCAGCGACCGCUCCAUCUCGGAGAGCGCCCUGUACCGCGUGCCGCUGCGGCUGACGCAGUCGCAGACCAUCAUCCCGCCGCCAUCCGGCUUCCAGAACAGCCCCGCGUCGGGGUCGUCGCCGUCCUCGGGCAGCGGCCGGCCGCGCAGCCUGCACAUCCAGCCGCAGCACGGGCUGGCCACCACCUACGACGUGCUGGUCGGGCUGGACACGGCGGACCUGCGCUACAUGGACGAGAGCUCCAUCAUUGUGCCCUCGCCCACCAUCGAGAGCCCGCCCUCGUUCGCCGUGUCCCUGCCCAAGGACUCGACGGGGCCGCCGUCGCCGGGCUCGGCCGCGUCCACCUCGAGCGACCGCACCACGACGGCCUCGCCACAGCUGCUGGCGCAGCAGGCGCAGAACCAGGCCGCCAACACGUCGCUGCUGCAGGCGGCGCUGAUCCGCGCGGCGGCGCAGCAGCACCACCAGGGCCAGACCGUCAUCAUGAUCCAGCCGCCGCCGCGGCAGCAGCAGCAGGAGCCGCCCGCGGCCGCGACAGAGCCCCGCGCCCCGCAGGCCGCCCCCGCGAGCCCCGCCUUGUCCACCGCGGCCAGCGCGGCCAGCGCCGCCAGCGCACCGUCGCCGCAGUACGGCCACCCCGUCACCAAGGUGGACACGGAGGUGAGCCUGUCGCGCGCCGACGCGCGGCGCCCCGUGACGCAGACGCAGGUGGUGACGGAGCGCGAGCCGCUCCUGAUGACGCCGCACGGCGCCAACUACUCCACCACCUCCAACUCGGUGGGGCCGUCCGGGUCGGGCUUCGCGUCGGGGCCCGCCUCGCAGCACGGCUCCCAAGUCGGCACGUCGUCGUCGCACGAGCACGAGUCGGCGCCCGACAGCAACACGACGCGCGGGUCGCGGCGCGACCUCGUCAAGAACCUCGGCAAGCGCCUCAAGGGCCGCCGGAAACGCAAGGACGGCGCGGCGCGGCAGAAGUCCAAGUCGGAGAACCGCGCGCGCAAGGCGUUCCGCACCAUCUCCUUCAUCCUGGGGGCCUUCGUGGCCUGCUGGACGCCCUACCACGUGCUCGCCCUGGUGGAGGGCUUCUGCGCCAACCCGCCCUGCACCAACGAGCACCUCUACAUGUUCUCGUACUUCUUGUGCUACGCCAACAGCCCCAUGAACCCGUUCUGUUACGCGCUGGCCAACCAGCAAUUCAAAAAGACGUUCACCCGCCUGCUCAAGGGCGACUUCCACGUGACAUAGUCAGGCCUAACUCGCUCACCACCGUGUCUAGUCAUGCCUAGCCGUGUCGCCUAGCCGCCUGCCUAGCGCGUCUAGCUUAGUUCGCGACGACGGCGCGCGCCGAAGCCUUGCCGAUUGUUACUGUGCGUCGCAUACGUUUGUUUGUAAUUAUAAUAUUUAGGAUAUUUUGCAUUUACCAAAAGUAUAAAAAACACCUCUUGUAAAUUUGGCAAAUGAACAAUAUUUUUGUUAAGUGUUCUCUUUAUUGUACAUAUGUUACGUGUAUAAAAGGCUUUUUCCAUUGAUUUCAAUUUAGAGAGAGCGUUAUGGAGUGGGUGCCCCCGCGGCCCCAGGGCGAUGCAUGAAUUGAGUACCGUAGUUUCGUUGCUAAUCCUAGCGUAAGACAUAGUGUACGAUAUUUUGAACGAGAAAAAAACUUGUCAGGGAAAUCCAUGACUUGGUAGACAAUAAUAAUACUAAUUACAAUAAUUCUUAAUUAUUAUGUUUAGGCCCCGUGACUCGGUCCGCUUCUUGCGUAAUCAGCCCACGUCGGUAGUACACCCUCAGCCAAAAGCAUUAUCUUCCCGCGUCUGUUUGCACCUUACCCAGAGCACAGACUUUUCCCUUUUUUGUCUCUUUUCGUUCAUUUUUCUUCCGCGUUUAUUCAAAGACUUUUUCACUAGGAUUGAAUCCUGUUUUCCUUUCACACCUUACCGUCUUAAGCGAAACACAGGAAUGCCUGUACUAGUUGUUCCCUCCCUCCCCCCUCUUGUCCUUUCCCCUCCCCCUCCCCCUUUCCCCCAAGAUGUGCGUUGACGCCUCGAUUUCAGCGCGAUCAUCUAAAUAGGAAAAGAAAUCAAAAUUUGUGGAUAUAAUGAUAAUAAAUUCUAGUCGAAAUGCCAAAAAAGGACUAGGCGACUCUUGAUUUAACAUAAAGUUAUUUGCAAACAUAGCACGAAUUAUCGAAAUCAUUUUUUAAAAAAUGUCAGUUUCUACUUAUCGCGACUCAAUAACGUAAAGACAAUACGAAUAUGUUUUAAGAGCCUUAGGAUGGUUAUUCAUACCCUGAGAUGACGUACCAAUUGCAUGAACUGAUGUAAAAAGAAUAAUAUUUAUGUGUUCGUUCACGUGAUCCAGGUAUAUCCCCAGGAUACUAACUUUAUACUGUGCGUCUUUGGGGCGCGAGUGUGUGAGUGUGGCCGGUGUGUUUGUAUGCUUGGUUGUGUGAGAGAUCUCUUUUCCUUUUCGUUCUAGAGGGACCUUAUUGUUUCCUGUGCCUGUUGCCUUUGUCUAGUCCGCACCGACUUGGCGCGAGCGUACGAUGUCCGAUUCUGAGCCCAAUCCGCAUCCUACGGCCGCGCCGAAGGCUGUGCCUAUCGAGUAUUUUUACACAAGUGGCGUGUCCGUGUAUGUAUGUGUGUGUGUGAGUGCGUGUGUGUGUGUGGUGUCGUGAACUUUUCAAUUUUGUGAGAGAAAACGAAUGAAUUUGCCUUCGAAGAUUUAAAAAAAACAAGAUUAUAUCGCUUCUCUGCCAGCCACAAAAAAAAAAUUAUCAACAACAAACUCGCUCGUUGUAUGCCCUUGGUUUGCAUGUCAGGUGUCUCCAAACCCAAACCAAAUGUUGUAUAUAACGGUUGAAACUUUCGUCAUGAAUGUGAAUUGACGACGAAUAAAGGUUGUUGUACCAGUGACA